AUGACUACACGUGAUUUCGAUAGACGAGCUCGUGAAACUGACGAAGAGCGUGCUGUCAGGCUUCAAGCCGUGUCUUCGCAUGUUUCUGAUAGACGAGCUCGUGAAACUGACGAAGAGCGUGUUGUCAGGCUACAAGCCAUGGCUACACGUGAUUCCUAUAGACGAGCUCGUGAAACUGACGAGGAGCUCACUGUCAGGCUUCAAGCGAUGUCUGCACGUGUUUCUGACAGACGAGCUCGUGAAACUGACGAGGAGCGUGCCGCUACGCUCCGAUUAGACGCUGAACAGGUCUCUACUAGACGAGCCCAUGAGACAGUAGAAAAAACUAGCGAACGUAAAGCAUACAUGUCUCACCAAAAAGCUAGGCGACGAUCAGUAGAGACUGAUAUUGAACGCUCAGCGAGACUAGAGCAAGAUGCCGCUAGCAAGGCAAACAAUCGCGUUUGUGAAUCGCACGAGCAAACGGAAGUGCGUCGAAGUCGUGACAUUGUACGUCACAAUCGCAAGCGCAGACGCGAUAGCACAGCCGCGGUACCGUCUACUGAUGAUAUCGCCGGUAUCGGUACAAAAGCAGACUCUUUUUGGCGUAGUUGGAAUACGAACGCCUUCAAGCAGAAGGCACAAGCAGAUUUGGUUCGCUUUCAUCGCGAAAUUUCUACGUUGCAUUUCUCGGAAUGUGACGUUUGUCGUGAGGCGUGGCCUUCGAUGAAAGUUUAA